AACAGAUGAGAGUGAGGGGAAGUAUAUAAGGUUCAGCCACAUUAGAAGAGACAGUAUAACCAUCUGCACUUCUGCACACAGCACAUCACCAUAUUAACUUCUAUUUGGGAAAAGCAGUGCCAUUUGAGAGCAAUGUACAGUGGGGUCUGCAUCUGUUUAUUACUUGCUAUGCUCUCUGCAAGCUCAAAAGCACAUCAGGCAACAGGUUCUUUGGGUGAAGAUGCAGUGGGCACUGAAAUGGACCAGCUGAACCUUUCACAGCUCCCACGAUAUGCCCGGGCAUCCUCUGCUGGUCAGAAAAAAUCUUUUCAACGCACUGAUGGCGACCAAAGAUCGAACAUUGGGAAUGCGUUGGUCAAAUAUCUGCAGCAAAGCAGGAAAGCAGGUCCUUCCGGGAGAUAUGUUGUCCUGCCAAACCGACCUAUUUUUGAUCAGUCCCAUCGAAUAAAUGACAGAGACUACAUGGGCUGGAUGGAUUUUGGCCGUCGCAGUGCUGAAGAAUAUGAAUAUUCCUCGUGAAAACUCAAAAUAUAUUAAAUUCGCCCCCCCAUUUCUGUACAGAUUAAAUAAAAUCAUUUGCUGUCUUUACAAAUCAGUGUUUUAAAUAUACAUAUUUAUGAAUCUGCUGUAAAUUGUGUGUUAAAAUUUACAAUGCACUUUCCAUAUGCAGAAUUUCUCAGAAAUUACAUUUGUAUUUAUUAUGAAUAAUAUUGCUCACACACUGUUGCUAUACUAAAAUUAUUUUGUUUAUGACCUCUUGAUGGUAAAACACAAUAAACUGUAGAUGACCAUAA